GAUCUCACACUGGACCCAAACACAGCACACACACACCUCUCUCUGUCUGAGGGGAACAGAAAGGUGACAUGGAGAGAGAAUCAGUCGUAUCCUAAACAUCCAGAGAGAUUUGAUGGCUGGUAUCAGGUCAUGUGUAGAGAGAGUCUGACUGGACGCUGUUACUGGGAGACUGAGUGGAGUGGACGUGCUGAUAUAUCAGUGACAUAUAAAGGAAUCAGGAGGAAAGGAGAGAGUUAUGACUGUAGGUUUGGAAACAAUGAAAAGUCCUGGAGUCUGUGGUGCUUUGGUAACAGAUACUCUGCCUGUCACAAUAAACAGGUCACUGUCAUACCUGCCCCCCCCUCACACACACACAGAGUAGGAGUGUAUCUGGACUGGUCGUCUGGAACUGUGUCCUUCUACAAGGUCUCCUCUGACACACACACACUCACACACAUACACACAUUCCGCUCCACAUUCACUGAGCCCCUCUAUGCAGGAUGA